CCGAGAGAGAGUGUUUUAGGUCACGACGCUCAAAGAGGGGUUUUCAUUUGCUUCUCUAGGGUUUUUCACUCUCUCUGAGUCUCUCUUUCCCUUUCCAACCCUAAAUCAUCAUGAGUCGUCAUCCUGAGGUGAAGUGGGCCCAGAGGGAGGACAAGGUCUUCCUUACUGUGCUUCUCCCCGACGCCAAGGACGCCAAGGUCAAGCUCGAGCCUGAAGGUACUUUCAUCUUCUCUGCUUGCGCCGGCGCCGGGGAUAACCAGUAUGAGCUGAAGCUCGACCUUUUCGACAAGGUUGAUGUCGAGGAGAGCAAAAUAAGUAUCGGUGUGAGGAGUAUCGUGUGUAUUGUGGAGAAGGCGGAGAAGGUUUGGUGGAGUAGGCUGUUGAAAGAACAGGGAAGGACACCGCAUUAUGUCAAGAUAGAUUGGGACAAGUGGGUCGACGAAGAUGAGGAUCCUCCAGCAGCUGGUGCUGAUGACAUGGGUAUGGGAGGCAUGGAUUUCUCGAAAUUUGGUGGCAUGGGAGGUGAUGAUGCAAUGGGAGGCAUGGGUGGACUUGGCGGCAUGGGCGGAAUGGGCGGCAUGGGUGGAAUGGGGGGCAUGGAUUUCUCUAAACUUGCUGGCAUGGGAGGUGAAGGUGGAAUGGGCGGGAUGGAUUUCUCUAAACUUGCUGGCAUGGGAGGUGAAGGUGGAAUGGGUGGGAUGGAUUUCUCGAAAUUUGCUGGCAUGGGAGGUGAUGGUGCACCGGGUGACUUUGAUGAUAGUGAUGAUGAUCAAGAAGUUUCCAAGCCAGGAGAAUCAGAUGCUGCAAAGAGUGAAGCUGUUCCCUCAGGAGAGAAAAAGGAAGCUGCAUCAAGCACAUGAUUUCGUAUUGGUUAGCAUUACUGAUGCGGUCAACAAACAAUGGCUUUUCAGCUUUUUGGUUAGGAGCUGAUUUUCCUGCCUCUAAGGCUAGAUCAUGCUCAGACUUCUGACAGAUGUAUUUUAGUUAAUUUUGUUUCAGUUUUCAUGGAGUUGAGCUAUGGAUUUCUAUGGUUUUUAUCAAGUCAAUUCCUUAU